AGAGGGAUGGUCUCGCGCUCGGCGGCGGGCAGCAUCAGGUCAUGUUGUCCGCGCGGCGGGAGACCUGCCCGCGUGUCACCUUCAGCGGAGCGGCAACUGCGACGGCUCCGGUUCGAGGACCUGAGGUCGGGAUGGGAGGGGACGCGUGUCCUCACAAGCUGGGAUCGACCAAUCACCUUCGACUUCUCCUCUACAUCCUGAUUCCCACCGUCAGCCUGCUGGCCGGCCUGCUGCUGCUCGUCCUCGCCCUCACAGGCAUUUUUGGCGGCAACCUCCUGGACUCCAGCCCCCUUCCCUCCCCCGAGCCCAUCGCCGACAGCGACCCUGGCUACCAUGGCAACAGCACAAACCCCUCCCCUUUCUUUGAGACGGAGAGCGCCACAGCGUUGCUGCGAAGCCUUGAUGUCAUCACACACAGCGCCAGCACACCUGCCACCACCACCAGCCGACCCCCGGCCUCCUCCUCUCAGGCCCCGCCCACACAGACCUACACAGAGCCUCCUGAUUGGCUCACCUCUGUGACAUCACUGAGCACCAGCUGGCCAAUCAGCACCACCCCGCUGUCUGACUCAGGAAGCUGUCAGCUGAUCGUGGAGCCUCAGUGUCACAUGUUGCCCUACAACCAAACAUGGCUGUCGUCCUCCGUCGCCGUGGUGAAGAGCUCCGAGGUCGACAUGUUGCUAAGGUUCUUCAGCUACCUCAGCAGACUCUCCUGCUACAGACACAUCAUGCUGUUCGGCUGCUCGCUGGCGCUGCCCGAGUGCUUCGCCGCCGACGCCACGCACAGCAGACGGGUCGUGCUGCCCUGCGCCUCGUUCUGUGAGGCGGCGAGGGAAGGCUGCGAACCCGUCCUCCAGAUGUUUAAUGCCUCUUGGCCCGACUUCCUGCGCUGCUCGCAGUUCAGCAACGCCACCUUCACCUCAUCGCCAUCAUCAACGCCAUCGACAUCAUCACCAUCGCCAUCAUCAUCACCAAUGGCAACAGCAAUGGCUGCCCCUGAAACCUGUUACACGCCGCGACAAAUCAAAGGGAAACCCUCCGUGUGUGGUGGGAAAGACCACUUCCUGUGUGCGACGGGGAUUUGUGUUCCGCAGAAAUUGGUGUGUAACGGGUACAACGACUGUGACGACUGGAGCGACGAAACGCACUGCGCGUGCUCAGACGGUGAGUUUCGCUGCAGCACCGGCCGCUGCCUGUCGCCCGCUCUGGUGUGUGACGGCUACGACGACUGUGGAGACCUCAGCGAUGAACUCAGCUGUGUGUGUGACCCGGCCCGUGAGCACCGCUGUGGGGACGGCCGCUGCGUGUCCAGAGACUGGCUGUGUGACGGCGACCACGACUGUCUGGAUAAGAGCGACGAGCUCAACUGCUGUGAGUCACUGAGCAGGUUCAUUUUUUUAAAGUUUCCUUCAGUUUCACUCUUCUGCAGGAACGGUCACUGUAUUCCUUCUGCGUUUCGCUGCGACGGCGAGGACGAUUGUAAGGACGGCAGCGAUGAGGAGCACUGCAGCAGAGAGCAGACUCAGGGUGUGUGUCCUCCCGGUCAGCCCAGCUGUAUCUCCACUUCCUGUCCGUCAGUGUGUGGCGGAAGCGGCGCCGCCUGCGACCCUCGAACCAACAACAACAACAACUGCACUCGCUGUGAGCCCAUCAGUCUGGAGCUGUGCAUGAACCUGCCCUACAACCUGACCAGCUACCCCAACUACCUGGGCCACCUGUCCCAGAGAGAGAGCUCCGUGUCCUGGGAGUCCUCCCUGUUCCCCGCCCUGGUCCAGACCGGCUGCUACCAGUACCUCAUGUUCUACGCCUGCACCCUGCUGGUCCCCAAGUGUGACCCCGUCAGUCUGCAGAGGGUCCCGCCCUGCAGGUCUUUGUGUCGUAAUGCGAAGGAGAAGUGUGAGUCUGUGCUCGGCAUUGUGGGAUUGCAGUGGCCUGAGGACUCGGACUGUAGUCAGUUUCCAGAGGAGGGAGGAAACGCCACGUGUCUGCUGCCCGAGGACGGAGUGGACGAGUGCUCCCCGAGCCACUUCAAGUGUCGGUCUGGUCGCUGCGUCCUGGCGUCCAAACGCUGUGACGGACACCUGGACUGCGACGACCACAGUGACGAGGACAACUGUGGCUGUUCUGAGCGCGCUCUGUGGGAGUGUCCCGGCAGUAAGGUGUGCAUUAAAGCCAGUAUGAUCUGUGACGGGUUCCCAGACUGUCCCCUGCUGGUGGACGAGGCCAACUGCACUGUGUGCAGAGACAACGAGCUCUCCUGCAACAACCAUCAGUGCGUGCAUCGAAACCUGUGGUGUGACGGAAAGAAACACUGUUCGGACAGCUCGGACGAGUGGAACUGUGUGUCUCUGUCGGAUCGAUCGGGGUCCGUACUGACGGUGUUCAGGACGGCGGCCGAGUAUCAGGUCUGUGCAGACGAGUGGAACCACGAGCUCAGCAAACUGACCUGCGACCAGCUGGGACUAGGAGUCCCCGCCUCAGUUUCCAUGGUAACCGACCACCCUGGCGUCCCGGGCCGUCGCCGUUGGUUGCACGUCCAUCCUGAGUGGAACCUGAGGAACGGUUCUGCUCUGCAGGCCCGACUGGAGAAGAGGAGUCACGCGUGUCACUCCAGGAGGAGAGUUUCAGUGCUGUGCACCAGAGAAGAGUGCGGUCUGCGCCCCGCGGUGGGCGUCCACCCCCACAGGAAGAAGAGGAUUCUGGGAGGUCGUGUGUCUCGGCGGGGGGCGUGGCCGUGGCAGUGCUCUCUGCAGAGCGGUCAGAGUGGACACGUCUGCGGCUGCGUCCUCAUUGGCCGGAGGUGGGCUCUGACCGUCGCCCACUGCUUCGAGGGGAGGGAGAGCGCCGAGCUGUGGCGGGUGGUGCUGGGUCUGAAUAACCUGGACCACCCGGGCGUCCACAGUCAGAGCCGCGGCGUGCGCUCCAUCAUCGUGCACCCGCGCUACAACCGCGCCGUGGUCGACUACGACAUCAGCGUGGUGCAGCUGGACGCCGAGAUCGAGGAGACGGCGUUCGUCAGACCGGUGUGUCUGCCUGAAGCCGCCCAGCUUCCCUCUCCGGACUCUUACUGUUACAUCACAGGCUGGGGUCACAUGGGCAACAGGAUGCCCUUUAAGCUGCAGGAAGGGGAGGUUCGGAUCAUCUCGCUCUCUCAGUGUCAGUCUUACUUCGACAUGAAGACCAUCACUCCCAGGAUGCUUUGCGCCGGAUACGACGCUGGCACCAUUGACUCCUGCAUGGUAACAUCUGCACCGACCGGCGGCCCGUUGGUGUGCGAGGAGGACGGCGGUCGCUGGACGCUGUUCGGCCUGACGUCGUGGGGCAGCGUGUGCUUCAGUAAAGUGCUCGGACCCGGAGUGUACAGCAACGUGACGCACUUCACACCCUGGAUCCAACAACAGAUCUACAUCCACACGUAUCUGACCGACUGACACACACACACACACACACACACACACACACACACACACCUUUGGUUCCUCUACCUGUGCCUAUAUCUAUACUGAUCGCCUUCAGAUGCUCACCGCUGUAUGAGCAGUGGGAUUAACUAACAUGACAGAUGCUGACUCGUUAGUUAGUAGAGCUGUUGUCAGCAAAAACAUUCAUCAACAUUCACUAAACACUAAAUGAUUAUUAUUUUUAUUACUCCACAGUGUUGGGUUUAGACACACAAAAUUAAGUUUUACCACUGCCGAAUACUUAAUGUUGAAAUUUAAAUAUUAAGGCAAGCACUGAAAUACUUUACUCUGAAACCAUCUGAAUUUAUCUGGUUUGAACUCUGCUCUUUGAGACUUUAGCACUUUUGCAAUAUGAAAGACUUUGUGUUAAGUUCUCAAAAACCAAAUUCAAGUUUACACAAUUAAAAAAAGUAUUGAAAUUCAAUUUGGCAUUUUUGCAUUUAAAAUAUGACAUUAAGUCAACAGUUAAGUUUCUCAAAUAAAUCCAGAAAAAAAAGUUUACUCUGUAAAAUAUUUAAAUAUCAUAAUCUCAGUAGUAUUUAAAUUUCACCACAGAGGGCCCUUUCAUACCUGCACACACGGACUUUUGAUCUGAGCCGAAAUCACAGAUUCAAAACCUCCUCAGACCAAACAGCUGGACCUCGGUCCUACAGAAAGAGGUGGGCUGAGUCCAGAUAAAACUGACAUGCAACGACAGCAGGACGUCCGUGGGCGACGUCAACGGCACUUAGAAGACAACUGGAGUUAGGUGAAGAUUAUGGCACCUAGAAGACAACGACGUGAUGCAGUGAAAUAAGACAGGACGCUGGCGAAAAUAAGGGCACCUAGGCGACAACGAAGUGAUGUAAGCGAAGAUGACAGGACCUGCGUCACGACUUAACAUAGGCGAAGACAAAAUGUAGGCAAUGACAACGGCACCUAGGAGACAACAACGGGACUUAGGUGACGAUAAUGGCACCUAGAAGACAAUGACGUGAUUUCGGGAAGAUGACAAGACUUUGGCCACAGUGACUUGUCAUAGGGAAAGAAAACAGGCACCUCGAAGACAACAAUGGGACAACAAUGGGACAACAAUGGGACUUAGGCAGAAACACCGUACUUUGAAGUUAACAUAGUAUAGAAUUCAACAAGAAUUUUGGUUUGGACGUUCAGGUGUGAAAAGGCCCCUCAGAGGUUAAAUUUAACUGUUUGGUGUUUGUUGCUUAUGAAAUUUCAAUGAUCAGGACUUUCUUUACUUCCACAAUUACGUUAUUUGAACCGGUUAUUUCUUUACUCGUAGCUUAUUGGCAGCAGUAACUCAGAGGAAUUAAACUCUCACCCUGACUGGGAUAUUUCAUAAUUAUAUUAUUAGAUUAUGAUCCCAGUGAUACAAAGUGAACUGUUGGGUUUCUGUUUGUUGGAUGUAAAGACACACGUUAUUUCCACAACAUCAUCCAAUCGUCUGCUUUGAGUGUUUAAAUUAUCAUAAAAAUCACAACGUUCAGAGCUGAGUAUCUAAAAGCUGCUAUUUAAAACAGACCAGUUAAGCACUCAACCUCCCACAAUGCUUCACUCUAUAGUGCCUGUACUUAAUCUUAGCAGUAAAAAAAAAAACAACACCUUGUUACCUGUACUAUGUCGUACUGUAUGUGUGUGUGAGACGGAGAGAGAGGUCUUUUUUGUUUUUUUGCUUCUAAAAACACAACAAAUAUAUUAGGGCAACUUUAACGGACAACAUUCAUCAGUGAGCUUCAUUCACAUUUUUUAUCCUAAUGUGAUACUACACAGGAGUGGGCUGUUACGUCUUAUUUUACAAGAUGUUAUAUUUAAAAAAAAAUCUCUGGGGCUCUGUACAGUCCAGAUUUCAUCCAGAAAAAAAUAUUUAAAACUCAAUCAUAAAUGUUGGAUUUAAUCUCUUAACCUACGAAUUUGAAUGUUCAUAUCUUCCGUGGACUCAAAACAAAGUGCAAAAGAAUCAUUAAAAGCAAUGAAAUGUAACUACGGCGUAUUACUAAUGUAGAUAACUGAUUAGUGUUUAAUCAUGAUGUUAACAGAAAGAUAUAUUAGCUUCAGCUAUAAAUUUUAAACCAACUUGCUCCAAUUGUGUAGUUUUAAAAGAGAAACCAUUUCAGCUAGCUAUCAAGCUAUCACUUAUGUUAGCUAGCAGACUCGCUAACACAACAAUUAACUGCCACAUUAGCGCCAGCUAGAAUGUGAAGCACAAGUGUAGCAUAUUCCCAAUAGAGUUCAUUAAUUUGUUUUCAUCACGUUAGCGGAUGUUAGCAGUAAGCUGCAUAAGCUUAGUUAAGUAUUUAUGAACCAUUUUGUUGUGUAGUUCUGGCAAGCUAGACAUUAUAGCUAAAGCUAACUCAAGCUAAAGUUAGUAAAAAGAUUUAAGGUAUAAAUAAAGUGUUUCAGGUAAGUGCUAAAGUUUUGAAUGAGUCAGUCAUCAAAAUCUACAGACCGUAGAGUUUUAGGAAUUUGGCAUAAUUUAAAAAUUAUACAUUUUAAAGUGAAUUAGAAUCCUAAGUUUUAUCAUUUAUGUAGAUCUAGUUUAAAAAAAUGUAAUUUGUGAUCUCUUCAGUUAUCACUUUGGUUGAUUAAAUAGUUCUGACAUGUUUACAUUUUCUUUAGAUAAGUCAUAAUGUUUUAUGAAUAUUUUUAACAGUGUUUCGUACAGAGCCAGGCAGGAGUUUUGGAGAUAGAGAUAUAAGAAAUACUCUGCACACCUAAUUUGUUUGCAGGAAGUAACAGAUUGUAUCAUUAAACUAUUUUUUUAAAUAGUCUUUAAAGUGGCACAAAUGUCCACUUUGAUUCAAAAUUUUAAAAUUAAAUUUGCUGUUCAAAGGUCACCGUGAUAUAUCCAUCUCAUUUUCCUGAACUCAGCAUCUCAAGAGUACACAAAGUAAAUUCUUUCAAAUUUGGCACAAAUGGACACAUGGACUCAACUAUGAACUCAUUAGAGUUGGUGGUCAAAGGUCAAGGUCACCAUGACCUUGCCUCUGUCUUACUGUUGUGAACAUGAUAUCCAAAGAACA